AGUGGUCAGCCAAUGAGCUAAGAACGGUUCCUACCGUUCGGUUCCUGACUCCCGUAGUCCAUGGUAGACACCAUUGCUGGUAAACCCUGAGCAACAGUGCCGCGAUACUUCUUUCUUUCAGUGCUUCGUCGAUGACGAGUGUAUCCGUGCAUCACGAACCAAAAAAACAAAAUUUGCCUGCGGGUACUGCAAGUGCUGUGUAAAUUUAACCAAACUGUAAGGAGAACUGGUGAGGCGAUUUUUCACGAAGGAUGAUUUCGAGAAGGAGUCGAUUACUGCUCUGUAUUGUUGCGUUCACCGUCACCGCAGUUUGUGGUCAAAAAAAUACGAAGAAAGAGGAAGAAAGAAAAGAUGAAGAAUUCAAAUGCCCUGAAGGUCAAGGUAAUGGUAAUUUUGCAGAUCCAGCAACAUGUAGAAGAUUUUAUCAGUGCGUUGAUGGAUAUCCAUAUUUAAACAGAUGUCCAUCGGGACUACAUUUUGAUGAUAUUAGUAAAUUUUGUACCUUUAAAAAUGAAGCUCGCUGUGGACCAAUUGCUACAACUCCACCACCUAUCACAGAACCACCAACUGAUUUAGCUGAGAAAUGCGACCUUGCAAAUUGUCAAUUACCUUAUUGUUUUUGCUCAAGGGAUGGUACAAUAAUUCCUGGUGGCCUUCACCCAGAAGAUACACCUCAAAUGAUAAUGAUGACAUUUGAUGGAGCAAUAAAUCACAAUAACUUUGAUCAUUAUCAAAAAAUAUUUGCCACUGACCGAUUAAAUCCAAACAAUUGUCCUUUAAAAGGCACAUUUUUCAUCUCCCAUGAAUAUUGUAAUUAUAACAUGGUGCAAAGUUUAGCUCAUGAUGGACAUGAAAUUGCUACUGAAACUAUAUCAUUACAGAAAGGUUUGGAGGAUAAGGGGUAUGAGGAAUGGGUUGGAGAAAUGAUAGGAAUGCGAGAGAUACUUAAACAUUUUAGUAAUAUUUCAAUAAGUGAAAUAGUGGGCAUGAGGGCUCCAUAUUUAAAACCAGGUCGAAAUACACAAUACAAAGUGCUGGAAGAUUUUGGAUAUAUAUAUGAUAGCAGUAUUGGAAUAUCUCCAUUAAAAGUACCAAUUUGGCCAUAUACCCUUGAUUAUAAAAUUCCACAUGAAUGUAAAGCAGGCACAUGUCCUACUAAAUCAUUUCCAGGUGUAUGGGAAUUACCAUUAAAUGCACAUUAUGUUGAAAGUUAUGAAGGAGGACAUUGUCCUUACUUAGAUCAAUGUGUGCUUCACAAUCAUGAUCCUGAAGAAGUUUUUGAAUGGUUACAAGAAGAUUUUAACCGUUAUUAUGAACAAAAUAGGGCACCAUAUAUGAUGCCUUUUCAUACUAAUUGGUUCCAAAUAAAAGAACUUGAACGUGGACUAUCAAAAUUUCUUAAUUGGGCAGUGACAUUACCUGAUGUAUACUUUGUAACAGCUACUCAAGCACUUACAUGGAUAACUGAUCCAAAACCAAUAAAAUCUCUACAUAAUUUCGAAGGAUGGUCAUGUAAAAGAAAAGAGAACCUUCCUGGGCCACCAUGUAACAAUGCAAAUAAAUGUGCUUUAGAUUUUAAACCUACAGAAUCGAAUUUUACUACAACGAGGUAUUUAGAAACAUGCAGAGAAUGUCCUAACAAAUAUCCCUGGUUAGGAGAUUCAAAAGGAACUGGACUAUAUAAUGAUAAUUAUAACCCUGAAAAGAAAUAAGAAUGUUUAAAAUUUAGAGUUACAAUUAGAAA